AUGGAUAUUCAAAUAAGAUCGAGAAAAUCAAUUAUUCUUACUGAAUAAUAAUAAGGAGUUAUUUAUACUUAUAAGGCCCUAUUUUAUAUUUAAAUUAAUAUAAUUAUUCAUUAUAUAUUAUUAUAUCAAGAAAAGAAAACAUACAGGAUUCUCUGUUGACACAGCUUCAAGAUCCUCUCUAAUUCCAGACUAUAAUAGCCUACGCGACCCCAAUUUGGUUGGAUUUUUCGCUAGUAAAUACAAGCGUAAAUUGUUAUUUGACCAAAAACUUGUAAACUUAAUAUAGAUAACCCGAAGAGGAUUUAUUAACGACAGGAUCGCUUUUCGGCCCAUUUUUGACGAAUCUUUACGUAAAUGUAACACACAAAAAAAACUUCGCUCACAAACUCCUGAUGUUAAGAAAAAAUCACCAAGGCUAAAAAAGGUAAGUCCAUCUAGAAGUAAAAGUAAAAGCAAGCUGCCUGAGCUUAAAAGAAUAUCAAGUACUGAGCUUAAAGAAGUUAUAAACAGAUUUAGAACGAGCACUACUAAUACAGUUAAGACGAGCCAAGGCGAAAACUCGUUUAUAGAAAAGGAUGUCAGUUAG